AACCUUACGUGUUCAUCUAAUGCUUGCUAAGCUCCCGGAGAUUAAGAUUUUCAACUUCCAACAAGCUAAGGUUGGCGCCGACGGAGCAGCUGCAGGCAGCUGAAGGAGGUUGUUGGCUUCAUCAGGCUUGUGGCCUUGUGGUGGCCACCGACUACCCCUCUCAACAGCAACAAGCCAGCAAGGAUAGGAGGAGCAAGCGGCCGUGCCGACCGGGCCGACGACGUCCGCGUUCCCUUCCUCGUCUCACCGGUCUGUGUUCCUUCCAUUUAUUUUAUUUCCAUCCGCCGCCGAAACCAACCAGACGCCUCCUCCUCCUCGCUGCUGCUUUCCCUUCUUAUAUUUCGCUUCGCUUCCGUCCCGGGCAAGGAAUUGGCCUUCCCUUCCACCACUUCAUUCACUCACCUGGCCAUGGAAUGGAAUCCUCCACCGCCACCACCACCACCACGGCGAUCAUCAUCAUGAUCAGCCUGCUCCUCCUCCUCCAACUCUAACCUUCAUUCCUUCUCGAGUGAUCGAUUUCCCCUCCCACCAACUGCCAAUUCCAGCACCACCCACCCACCCACUGCAGACCGAUCGAUCGAUCGAAUCCGAGAAGAUAUGAAGCUCGCCGUCGAGAUCUCCGACGCCUCCGACCUCGCCCCCAAGGACGGCGCCGCCUCCUGCAACCCCUACGUCGAGGUCGACUUCGACGACCAGCGCCAGCGAACCGCCACCAAGCCCGCCGACCGCAACCCCUACUGGAACCAGACCCUCGUCUUCGACGUCCGCGACCCCGCCAGGUUCCCCUCCCUCCCCAUCGACGUCUCCGUCCUCCACGACCGACGACUCCAGGACCACAACGCACUCCGCCCCCACACCUUCCUCGGCCGCGUCCGCAUCAACGCCGCCGCCUCCGUCGCGCGAUCCCCCGAGGAGGCAGUCCUCCAGAGGUACCCGCUCGAGAAGCGGGGGCUCUUCUCACGCGUCUCCGGCGACAUCGCGCUAAGGAUCUACCUCCUUCAGCAGCAGAAUGAUGACGCUUUUGCUGCCACCAACCAGCAGCAGCAGGACUCCGUCGCGGCAGCCGCGGCCAGCGGAGACCCCGAGAGGAUGGUCCGCUCCGCCUUCGCACCACAAGAUGAUCAGCCGGCAGCAGCAGCAUCGCAAGCCCAGCACAAGCCCAACGGAGAUCACCACCACCAAGAGCCGCGACCUCCUCGCAUCUUCCGCUCCGUGCCUACAGCAGCACAAGAGCAGCAGCAGCAGCGCCGCACGCUCCACGCCGUCGCCGCACCUCCCCCGCCUCCAGGCCAGAUGGUCGCCAUGCCGCGCCCCGCCGGCCCACCCGCCGCCGCCCCGCCCGGCUCCGGCUACAGCCUCGUGGAGACCAAGCCGCCGCUGCCGGCCAAGAUGGGCCCGCGCGCCGCCGCCGCCGCCGCCGCCAAGAUCGCCUCCACCUACGACAUGGUGGAGCCCAUGAGCUACCUGUACGUGACGGUGGUCAAGGCGCGAGACCUGCCGACCAUGGACGUCACCGGCGCGCUCGACCCGUUCGUGGAGGUGAAGCUGGGCAACUUCAAGGGCGUGACCAAGCACCUGGAGAAGAACCCCAACCCCGUGUGGCGCCAGACCUUCGCCUUCUCCAGCGAGCACCUGCAGUCCAACCAGGUGGAGGUGGUGGUCAAGGACAAGGACAUGAUCAAGGACGACUUCGUCGGCCGCGUCCUCUUCGACAUGACCGACAUCCCCGCGCGCGUGCCCCCCGACAGCCCGCUGGCGCCGCAGUGGUACCGCCUCGCCGACCGCUCCGGCGAGAAGCUGCGGCACGGCGAGAUCAUGCUGGCGCUGUGGAAGGGGACGCAGGCGGACGAGGCGUUCCCGGAGGCGUGGCACUCGGACGCGCACUCGCUGCCCCCGGAGGGCCUCGCCAACACGCGCUCCAAUGUGUACUACUCGCCCAAGCUCGCUUACCUCAAGGUGGUGGUCAUCGCGGCGCAGGACUUGGUGCCCGCGGAGAAGGGCCGGGCGCUUGCUCCCACCAUCGCCAAGAUCCAGCUGGGCGGGCAGAUCCGGCGGACGCGGCCGCAGGGGUCGCCCAACCCGGUGUGGAACGAGGAGUUCAUGUUCGUGGCCGGGGAGCCGUUCGACGAGCCGCUGGUGGUGACGGUGGAGGAGAAGGUGGCGGCGGGGCGGGACGAGCCGGUGGGCCGGGUGGUGAUCCCCGUGGCGGCGCCGUACGUCUACCGCAACGACCUGGCCAAGGCGGUGGACUCCAAGUGGCUCCCCCUGUCGCGGGCGCUGUCGGCGGACGAGGCGGCGGCGGGCAACCCGCACAACAAGGAGCGUCAGUUCUCGAGCAAGAUCCACCUGCGGCUGAGCCUGGAGACGGCGUACCACGUGCUGGACGAGUCGACGCACUACGCCAGCGACCUGCAGCCGUCGGCGAAGAAGCUCCGGAAGGGGUCCAUCGGCAUCCUGGAGCUGGGCAUCCUGAGCGCGCGCAACCUGGCGGGGCCCACCAAGCACCCCUACUGCGUGGCCAAGUACGGCGCUAAGUGGGUGCGCACGCGGACGGCGCUCAACACGCUGUCGCCGCAGUGGAACGAGCAGUACACCUGGGAGGUGUUCGACCCCUGCACCGUGCUGACGGUGGCGGCCUUCGACAACGCCUUCGUGCACGGCGCCGGCGACGGCAGCAAGAAGGACCAGCGGAUCGGCAAGGUGCGCGUGCGGCUGUCGACGCUGGAGAUCGACCGCGUGUACACCCACUACUACCCGCUGAUGGCGCUGGCGCCGUCGGGGCUGAAGAAGACCGGGGAGCUCCACCUGGCGGUGCGCUUCACCUGCACGGCCUGGGCCAACAUGCUGGGCAUGUACGGGCGGCCGCUGCUGCCCAAGAUGCACUACACCCACCCCAUCUCCGUGCUGCAGCUGGACUACCUGCGGUUCCAGGCGAUGCAGCAGGUGGCGGCGCGGCUGGGGAGGGCGGAGCCCCCGCUGCGGCGCGAGGUGGUGGAGUACAUGCUGGACGUGGACUCGCACAUGUUCAGCCUGCGGCGGAGCAAGGCCAACUUCUACCGCAUCACGUCGCUCUUCUCCGGCGCGGUGGCGGUGGGCAAGUGGAUGGACGGCAUCUGCAAGUGGAAGAACCCGCUGACGACGGUGCUGGUGCACGUGCUGUUCCUCAUCCUGGUGUGCUACCCGGAGCUGAUCCUCCCGACGGUGUUCCUGUACCUGUUCAUGAUCGGCGUGUGGAACUACCGGCGGCGGCCGCGCAAGCCGCCGCACAUGGACACGGUGCUGUCGCACGCGGAGCCCGGGCUGGUGCACCCCGACGAGCUGGACGAGGAGUUCGACACCUUCCCCACGAGCAAGCCGGGGGACGUGGUGCGGAUGCGCUACGACCGCCUGCGCAGCGUCGCCGGCCGCGUCCAGACGGUGGUCGGCGACCUGGCCACGCAGGGGGAGCGCGCGCAGUCGCUGCUGAGCUGGCGCGACCCGAGGGCGACGGCCAUCUUCCUCAUCCUGUCGCUGGUGGUGGCGGUGGUGCUGUACGUGACGCCCUUCCAGGUGGUGGCCGUGGUGGUGGGGCUCUACCUGCUGCGCCACCCGCGCUUCCGGAGCAAGCAGCCGUCCGUGCCCUUCAACUUCUACAAGAGGCUGCCCGCCAAGACAGACAUGCUGCUCUGAGAAUAAUUAUUUGUUAUUAAUAAAUAAUUAACUACUUUUUGUCCUGUAUUUGCAUUAAUGAAAUGAAAAACUACCAGUGCAGUGGUGUGGUGGGUGCUACCAACGGCCGGUAGGCAGUUCUUUUCAACCCCUCCCUUUGCUACGAGAUGUAUGGUAUGAUGACAUGAUGCAUCAUAUCAAUGGAAUAAAGCUGUGCAAGAUGCACUUGCAUAUUCUUUCUUA